AUGGUCGAUAGUGGUGUCCCCCAGGGUUCAGUACUGGGACCCACUUUGUUCCUUAUCUACGUGGACGAUGCCGCAAGAGAUUUAGACUGUGAAGUAGCAAUGUUUGCGGAUGACAUGAAGAUAUGGAGUGUAAUUCGGGGUCCUGCCGAUGAAGACAGACUGCAGAUGAACCUGAAUCGGUUGGAGGAGUGGUCAAACCGUUGGCUCCUGCGGUUCAACGUUGCCAAAUGUAGCAUACUUCGCCUAGGCAACACAGCCAGAUCCGCCAGCACAAGAGGCUACUUUCUGGGCGGUGCAGCCCUACAAGAGGUCGAAGCCCAAAAGGACCUCGGUGUGCUGACGACGAGUUCCCUAAAACCAUCCGCCCACUGUUCGAGGGUGGCAAAAAGCGCAAUGUCCGUACUGUACGCCAUCAAGCGUGCGUUUAUGGACUUUGACGAAGAAGCUUUCUCUAAGACAUUCGGAACAUUCGUCCGGCCGCAUUUAGAGUACGGCAUACAAGCUUGGAGGCCGUGGGCUGUUGUGGAUCAAAACUGCCUCGAAAGAGUCCAGAGGAGAGCCACGAAGAUGGUAAGGGGUCAAAGCUCCUUUCCUUAUGCGACCCGCCUAGUAAAUCUGAACCUCUUUCCUUUGAGUUACAGGCAAGUUCGCGGAGAUCUCUUGCAAGCCUUCCGCAUUGUAAAGGGGUUGGAUUGCAGUCUGGCCUUCGAGGAAUUUUUUGAAUUUGCAACCAGGACCAAGCUCCGAGGUCACCCGUUAAAACUGCGCACUCAGCAGGCACGGCUGGAUGUGCGGAAGUUCUCCUUCUUGGUUCGGGUAGUCAAACCAUGGAAUGAGCUUCCCGCAGAUGUUGUGAUGUCACCAUCUAUACAAAGUUUUAAGAAGAAUCUGGCCAUAUUUAUGUUCCGAAAUGACCAAGAGCGAUGAGAAGUCGAGCUCACCCCCUGUAACUCCUUCUCAUUUUGUCCCACCAUUAUGGGCGUGUUCGAACUUUUUCAGCCCAGAACAUCUAUCUGUACACCACACAUUUUUUACGUUGCAAAUAGGGUACUCAAAGGCUUACGCCUAUUUCCCUCAAUAAACUGAACUGAACUGAACUGGAUCUAAGUCAGAAGGCCUAGCUAAUUUCUAUUCAGACGGCUUACCUAAAUCUAAGUUAUAAGGUAUUACUAUUCAGUGAUCACCCGUUGUAACCGAUAGGUAGUUUAAUCUGUCUGUACUUUACAAGUGCAAUCAUUUUAUACUAAGGUUUGCUACUCUGCUCUCAAUUCUUGGAAAAUUAUUCGACGAAAAAAUUUCCGAUAUUCCUUCUCAAGUAUGUAGGCGUCUUAACUCACUUAUUCACCUGAUCGCCAGUGAAUUUAGUGAAAGACAAAAGCGUGCUUACAAAUUCUAGUUGAAAAAUGUUCCUCGAUCUGCUCGGCCAAUUGAUGUUGCGAUAAAUUUCCUUUAUUUAUGAAGAUGUAACUGCAAACUAGUCGAUGGAAAGAGCUUAUCCUUCCGUAGCAAAUAUCCGCCCGUCUUAGUUAAAUAAUUUUCAAAAAUCGACAUCAACACGAUGUUUGCCCUUCGGGGUCGUUUCUCUGCGUACCUCAAAAUUGCGAAAAUGUCACGACCAUACCCCCAUUUUGUGGGUUAGAAGACUCGAAGCUGGCCUUUGCAUAAUUUUUCGAAUCAACUCUAGAUCCAGUUUUCCGCUCAUUGACAAUAUCACUCCGAGAGAUCGGUUUUAUGCCACGCGCAACUCCUCCAUGCUGAUUACGCCGCCGACUCUUUGCACUGCAUCUAAGCGCUACCUCUUCUUUGCUUCCAAAUAUGCCUUCCUGUGGGAUAAUCUUUCGCCAGAAAUUAAGUCAUCGCCUAUGUUACUGGUAUUCAAAUCGAAAUUACGCAAACCCCUUACUCCGAAAUGUAUAAAGGUACUUUUGACGGUGUCAUUCGCGAACAGUCAGAUUCUUGAAUUUGAAAAGGGUCCUCCUGGGAUUUAAUGGUAGAUCAAGUAGAAACUCUCAUUUAUAUCUUUAAAACCCCUUGCUUUGAAUUGGUUACUGAAGUCCACUACUAUCACUCCUACCCCAUGGGGACGAUUUUUGCGGUUUGUGAUAUCAUCUCCCUCAUUUCGACCUCAUGUGGUCCUUCGACGCUCACGGUGGAACCCUCAGUAUUUGCCAUCUACUAGUAGUUUGGUCGUACCUCCCUUGCCCCUUUCUCGACUGGACUCGAAACGUAUUGUUUCCGAUCGCGUCUGUGUUACUCUCGUCUGGCCACCUUGACGCGAAUGGUCUCAUCCGGUGUAUGAAUUCUGCCCUGAUGAUGUCUGUUUUAUAGCCCUUAUGCAAUAAUACAUGCAGGCCAGUCCUGUCUGACCCGCAUAUGUACUCCUCAAGUCUGACAAUUAUUUCUGCCCUGACGAUGUCCGAUUAUAAUCUGUUAUACACAGCUACAUGCAGGUCAGUCCAGCCCGCGCUUUUGUCUUAUUAUGAGCGACAGUUCUUUUCUCCUGUAUGGCUAGUUGAGUCAUUUUUAAAUUCGUAAGUACAGUUUUUUCAAUACUCGCUCAUUACUUCAGAGGAGUCCGUUGGCGAAGGUAUAACAAAUCUCAGAGAAGGCAGUAAACCGCAAAAUAGAAUAAAGUUACCCAUCUUUUGGGUCCGAGUUGUAUUCAUCUUUUGAAUGGCGUCGUUCUGACGGCUUUCAUCAGUCUUGACGCCAGGUCUUUUGAGAUAUGUUUCGGUUAUAUAUAUAAGGUCAAGGCGUGCAGCUCCAUUUCAAAGAUAAGUGAAGCUUUGCAUUUACUUGGAUAUUCUUAAACAACUAAUGCCUGUUUUUUACUUGAGUCACUUUAAAAAGUCGCCUUUCAAUAUAAGGUAUAAUUUUUUCCAGUUUUGCUUGACAGUCUGGCAAAAUAGUCGUAUUUUGUAAAAAAAAACCUUUGUAGUGACUCGAUUAUUCCUAAUUUUCAUAGAAAAAUAACAGCAGUACUUGCUAUUCAGUGCGUUUUUCUGUACGUUAGUAACGUUUCGCUCCUUUUACUGUAACGAAAAACAUAUCUCGUCUGUAAUGCCCCACAGAGCACGUGCUAAAGGACGAAAGCUUGCUGACUUCCCACUGUCUCCGGGUGCUAGAAUCGCCACCGAAGACAUAGCAGUUGCCAGACUAUGUUCUUCGCCUUCUGCAGAUAAGGUUAACUCACAAAUAACUUUAGUACAUGUAGAACAUCUUCACCCUUCAAUCGUCCAGACAUACGCCUCCGCUAGUCGUAGCAGGCCAUCAGCCGACGAAAUACUUGAUCAGUUGAUAUAUGGCGACAUAAGUAUUACUUCUGAAAAAGUAAUUGAUCAAGCUCUUAAACUUAUUGAGGUAAUAAGUUCUGAACCUGAGGAGAGAAUUAAACGCCAGCAUAAUUUUGUACUGCGAAACAUUCCGAGCCACUAAUCUGGUAUGGAGGGAGCGCAUUAGUUCCUACAAAGUUGUGGCUUGAGUUUCAGUGUCGCACAAGCUAAACGACUGCACUCGCUUAACCGUAAUGCGCCUAUACUAGUUACCCUUUUCUCCAUGAUAGAAGUCAAUUUUAUCUUGUCAAGGAGAGACAUAACUAGAGAAUUCUGCCGUAAAUGGUGCUGUUCCGUUUCGCCAGACCUCACACCGCCGCAGCGAAGACUGAAUAAAUUGAAAUCAAAAAAAAAAACCAAAAGCAGGAAAAUGACACCUACUGUCAGUUCUAAUAAGUCCUUUACAACACUAUCUGCGGCCUCUGUAUGUCACGAUAUAGACAAUACCGUAGGGAAUUCGACUACUAUUGAUGCUGAGAUCUUUAGAAGCAACAACACGCCUGGUAUACAAACGCCCCUAACGACCCGCCCAGCAACCCCUAGUAAGCUUAAGCAUGUGCCUGAGUCAAGGGCAAAUCCAAUUGCUGUCCCAGCCACUCGGACACCAGAUAAAUCCAGCACCGUUAUAAAAUCUUUUCCUCCACAAUCGGCUAACAGUGCAUCAAAUGCCACGAUUCAAACCGUAGCGUGUCCCCAAAUGCUCCCCAGCACUCAUAUCGAGGCAGUUAGACCGAAUAUGCCCAUUUGCCCGCCGUUUAAUAGAACUCUUGUUCCAAUGGAAGCAAUGCGUACCCCACCCCCUAACUUGUUUCCACCACGGCCGUUUUACCAAUGAAUUCCGCAUGCUGGUGUCCAUACUGGAUCAGUUAACUGAUCCGAUCAUCAGUUUCGUUCCGGCGGGAAUGCGUUGCAGUAUCUGGCCCACUGAUUUCCAGCUGAAAAUGAGUUAACUAUUAAUGGUUACCAGUCUACCUGCCCGUCAUUCCCUCCCCCAAAUCCUACCCCCUUUUUAUCCACGUCAGAAUUUGUUGAUGCCACAAAUUUUUUUGAAGAACCGGAUGAUUACAUCCGGACCGUUUGCUCUUUGGGCAUACCAGCACUGGACGAUGUAGCCCAACUCCCUGAGAAAAGAAACAGCCUUUCACUUCAAUCUUUUUGUUUUAAAUGCCAGAUCAUUGCUUAAUAAGAUGCCUUUGGUUCAGAUUUUGGUGUUCGUCCAUUGUCCGGAUAUUGUCUUUGUAACUGAGGCAUGGGCAUCAGCCUCCGUAGCUGACUCCGAACUCUCUCUUCUAGGCUAUAAUUGCAUUCCAAAUUAUCGCCAAGAUAGCCGUGGUGGGGGCAGUUGCGUCUACGUUAAGCAAAUGCUUACAUUUUUGCCGCUUGACCUCCCGCACUUUCCGCUGUAGAAGGCCGCAGCUGGCUCCAGGUUACUUUAAAAAAAUAAGUUCUCCUUACUCUUUGGUUGCGUCUAUCGCCCUCACAACGCCAACGACAAUUGUGAUCGUUUACUCUCACAGGCAUUUCAUGCUGCGGCCGACUCAAGCUUUAAAUAUCAAUUGGUUGCGGGUGACUUUAAUCUCCCUGAAGUCCGCCGGUCUCCGCCUUCAGGCCCCAGGAGGUUCGAUGACUUUCUUGAGGCUGUGGAUGUUGGAAUGUGGACUCAGGUUGUCGAUUUUCCCACCCCAGGAUCAAGCAUACUUGACCAUAUUUUCUGUAGAGGCUGCAUGCCAUCGCCAGUGCCAUCUCUUGGCCCACUCGGGGGCUCAGACCAUGACAUAGUUGUUUCAACGUUGGAAUUCGAGGCUGACAAAACGUUGUCCCCAAAGUAUAACUUUUUCCACGAUUUCCGAUCAACUCGCUCAACCGAAUUAUUAGCACACAUUAAUUCGUACCACUGGAAUGAUUUCUUUCUUAGUUCGGAUGUAAAUGUUUGCACCGCAAAUUUUGACGAAAUUUUGAAUCCGCCUAAUUCUCGACUUGUCCCCUGUAAGAAAAUUAUUAAUGCUGGGAAUGAGGUUUUCCUACCCUUACCCUUUCAUCGCAGAUUUCGCAGACUUUAUCGUCGAUUCCAUCCUUAGAACGACGUUUUGUCCUGCCCUGGAUUUGUGAUAUUUUUGAUCGAGCUACGAGAUUAUCUGAAAAAAACAGCUAGCCGAAGAGGUCCAGUUUACCGAAAACCAUUCGUUAAAUGUCUCGAAACUUUUCUCUAGAAAAAUACGAACUCAUCGAAAGACGCAACAUCCCAUCCCCCGAGACGCUCUCGGAAGUCCCAUGGUUGAUGCCCAGUUAACCGCUGAUAGCUUCAAUGAUUUCCUUUCCAAAACGUCCAUUGAAGACUCGACCACUCCGCUUCCGAUCAUCCAGGCACUGACUGGGGCAGUCCUAGUAACUAUAACUUUCACACUUUGGGAUGUGAAUGUUGCGAUUCGGCGUUUUCGUCAAUCUUCUAGUCCAGGCCCUGAUGGUGUCCCAGUAAGCAUUUUAAAAGCCGAUGCAAACACGAUCUUCCCAUCCCUCUUAUGCAAGAUAUUUAAUCUUGCUCUUGAAACUGAAACUUAUCCUACAUUGUGGAAGGAAUCACACAUUUUGACCAUUCCUACGCACGGCAAAUCCACGUCAUUUGAUGACUUUCGGCCAAUAAACACACUCCCCGCAGUUUCGAAGAUCUUAGAGACAUUGAACAAGGAUAAGAUGAUGCGUCACUUAACAGUGAAUAACCUACUGAGUGCUGCUUAGCAUGGAUUCCUCAAAGCUCGAUCUUGUUAAACCUGUCAACUCUCUUUCUUUGACUAUGUUCUCCAAUCUAGGGACAAUGGUUUUGCACUUUACACUGUAUAUUUCGAUUUCACUAAGGUCUUUGAUCGUGUUGACCAUGCUCUUCCUCUCUUGAAACUGUCCUCUUUCGAAAUAGGUGGCAAACUUUUGAAUUUUAUAUCCUCUUAUUUGGGCACUCGCACACAACGAGUUAAGAUCUCCAAUACCAUCUCCAACCCCACACGUGUGAGGAGUGGAGUCAUUCAGGGUAGUGUACUCGGCCCACUUUUAUUUUGCCUUUUCGUUAGUGAUGUACCCGAUUCAUUCCAGAAGGGUAAGCCUUUCAUGUAUGCCGAUGAUCCUAAAGUUGCAUAUCGAUAUAAGCCGGCAGAUCAUGACAUCGUGCUUGAGCUCCUAAAGAGCGAUCUACAGGCUUUCGCCCAGUGGUGCCGCACAUGGCGCCUUUCACUUUCCUGGCAUAGUGCUCAGUCAUGGUGGUUGGCAACGACCGCCAACCUCAAAUAAAUAUUGAAGGUCACGCCAUAAAUGUGCCAGGGGUUAUAAAGGAUUUGGGCGCAUCAUACUCCAAGAGUCUCAAUCUCUCGGAGCACUGUGCCUUGAUGGUCUCCAAAGCACGUAGAACGACGGGGUUUAUCCUCCGAAAUUUUAAAAAUAGGGUCUUUAGAAUGCGCCAUUUCAACAAUUACGUUAGACCUGGUCUGGAAUACGGUUAGUUUUUACUUAGCCUCAUGCGUGCUACUGAGCGGAAGAAAAUAGAAUCCGUUCAACACUUUUUUACCAAGAGAAUUUUAACCCCGGAACACCGACAUUUGUCUUACCAAGAAACUUUAUGUUUUCGUAGAUUACAAAGGGACUAUUUUGCUAUUUAAACUCUUAUAUAAUCACACAUUUAACCCACUCACCUCUUUAAGACACCAUGUUCACCCACGACGUAACAAUCUUCGUGAAGUCUUUUUGUUUCUUCCUCUGACACGUACUGUUAAAUAUCGUCAGUUCUUUUUUGUAAAUGCUAUUGGUAUUUGAAAUAAACUACCCAUGAAUGUAAAAAAUCUGCAUAUAUAUCCUUUUCGUUAAGAGAAUUAUUACUGGACUUUUGCAUUCUGAAAUGCUCCCACAAAUUUUGGAUGCUGAAUUCGCUGAUCGACUGUACCGUAGCGAUGGCGUUUUUGGUCUCUGAACACUAUGGCCUGUCUCGCCAUGGACAAUUUUGUUGGCCAACAACGAGAGCUGUUCCUCAACGCCUCUACUUUGAUUAUCCGAAACUUCUUGAAAGGAAUUGACGUCCGAUAAUCUCCGAUACCGUGCCACCCCCUCCUCACUUUUCCUGACGGUUGAGUGUAUACCACCAGCAGUUCGUUCUCCUGAACCCUCCAAACCAUAAAAACCACCAUCAUCUAUAUUUCUAUUUCUUUACCCCAGGAGUUUUUUCACUGCUGGUCGGAUUUGUGUUUAACUCUUCCCUUGACAAUGCCUGUGAACUGGCAUUAAAUAAAAUUAUCAUUACAAAAUCGACGAUCUGAACUGUCUGCGCCUUCUGAUAAUUCCAAGGGUGCAAUCGUUUCAUUUCUCGGCAUCCGUAUGGGACUGUUUUAGAUGUAUUUUAAUGUAAAAGUGUGUGUAGAGUCCUGAAUAACUGUUCAUAUUUCUUUAUAAUUUUCAGCAAAUGCAAGAUACCUGAGGGAUAUAGUUUAUCAAAAAUAGUUUGACGGCAUUCUGCUAUAGGAAUAUAUUUGGCUGCAGUCGUCUUGUUACAAAGACCUAAGAGACUAUGUUAAAUAGGACAUCUGCUUUAAUAUUUGAUGAUAACUGAUGAUAUAUUUCUCAAAAUUGCCAUAUAAUAUCCUAUUUUAAUUGAUCUGGCUUCUUAAAAUUUCGGUCGAUUAUGCAUAUUCUGGUCUGUUUUUCAUCUCUCUUCAUUUUAUAAACUUUAUUUUUUCGCGCAGUCUGGAAAGUUUUUUUUAAGACCAACGGAGUUGCCUUUUGUGCAGUCUUUUAUAAAUGCUGCUGUCGUACUUUUGCAUCCAUAAACCCACAUAAAGACGAUUAACGACAACAUUCCAGGAACUUAAAAAACUAAAAACGGUUACCUCUCUAUCCUCGUAAAGAUUUACAGAUAUAUCGUCUUCCUCAGCAUUUUGUUUGGAAGAGUUUUAUCUGCGGCCAUCGUUUGGCCAUUCUUAUAAGUACGUUGAGUGUUUUAACACAUUAAAGUUUCGACCUACUGGUUAUUGCGCGUCUAUUGACUUUACAUUGAUUUCAUGUGCUGCGUCCUUUAGUGUGAGUUGAGUCGGCCGAUUGAACUAGUUUCCACUCCCUUAUGUUGAAUUUUUGUCCUUAUAGACUUUUCUUAUUUACUUCUUUCCAUACAUUUUGCUAUAUACUCGUAUCAGCGAUCCCCUAAACAGGUAUUUGUAGAUUAAUCGACAAGUAGAUAUCCUAGAUAUCUUUUUCUUCGGGUCACAAAUUAUAUUAUUUUAGCAAUAACUGGAGGCUUUUAUGACUCUACAGGCAAAAAUAAGUCAACAUUGAGUUUUUCUUGCUUCGCCGACCUCGAUCAUUUCUCCUCCAGGAGAAGGCCUCUUUUAACUGCAAUCGCUUCACUUUUUGCGACGACUUUCGACAACCAUCAGUCCGGCGGCCAGUUAUGUCUGGUUUAUGACGUUUUUUUCUAAAUUUUGACAGUGCAUCUCUACUUCGCGUCAUGACGGUACUAAGUGUAGACCCGCCAGUUUAGGUCCACGGAAUUGCCCAAGAUGCAUUGUGAAACUACACACAGUCUGCAUGUUUUUACCGUUUAACCGUUUACCGUUUUACCGUUUUUACCGUUAAAUAGUUCAGCUCACCCCAAGAAGGUCAUGUUUUCCGACGGAAGAAAAAAGAUUCUAUCAGAGUUAAUCAAAAAUAACCUCUUGGUCAAUUGGUGCAUUCGAGCAAACGUGGACUGUCGUUCUGUCCAGGUCAUAUUUUUACGGAAAGACAAGCAAACACCUUUGAACUCUCUGUUGGUUGCAACAGUCUUAAAAAGCAUCUAAAGUAUCGGUACUUGGACAUUUUGUGACCAUUAAAAAAUUAAUGAUCGUUCGCCUAUCCGGCUGUUUAUCAAAUUGAACUGAAUUGGUCGCCACUCUGGGAACAGCGCAGUAGACUUUUUAAAGCUGGAUAAGAUGUCGAACAUUUUAUAGUUUGCGAUUUUUUAACCCGUUUCCCACGCGAACUUCGGGGAAGAGUCUGUAUUAAAUAACUUGUGGCAUUGGCAUCCGUCACCUUUAAGCACUUUUUAUCUCCGCUUAUUACAGUUUAACCGCUGACUGCAGCAGUAUGUUGUUUGAAAUGAGAUUCCGAAUUUAAUAUCUUCCGCUUUGUGCGGAAAGUAGCCAAGCGUCCAUUAGGUUUUCUCCUUCUCUGUACAUUGUUAUCUAUUUACGACCUUUUAGUUCCUCUGUAGAAACGAAGAGACCACAACUUGUGACCUCCCUCAAAGGCUGCCACACGACAGCAUCCACUCGUUCGAUUUUUGCAGGGGUUUGAUCAAACUGAUAAUGCAUCUGCUAAUAGAAAAGUGGAUAUUAAGAUUACUAAUUAGGUCUUUUAUAAUUCGUUAGAAGACGUGUUUUACCACUAUGUCGUUGUCUAGUUAGUGGAUUAAGACUUCAGCGGAUUAUGAGUAAAUCUCCGAAUGGUUCAUAAAUCUCCCUAGUCCUGCCAAAGUUUGUGUUUUUAGAUCCAUGAAUUGCAAUUGGAUCUCAGUCAACAGCUGCGCAAUGAACACAUGACAUCACAAGUGUAUCGUUUUGCAAUUGCUAAUCAUCCCUUUUUGUAUCCGUACAUAAAAGCCUGUUAAAACAUAAGCACGUUUGACAUUUCCACCUAACAUAUUGAUAAAAAGUACGCCAGCCACAAAUAAAAGUACUUCAGGUAUUUACAUCUCUCUCAACACAAUAUCGUGCGGAAAGACACUAAACAAUUAUGUUUUUAGUGAAACUGAACGACGUAUAUAGUGCCUUAUUCUAAAAUAAACAGAUAGAAUCUAAAGGAAGUAUACGGUGACUUGAGAGAACCAAGUAGUCAGACUAAUAUUUGUAUGAUCGUUUUGCUAAAUGUUUUUACUGGCAAUAUAUUUUGAUUUUUCUCAAAUUAAAGGUGUUACAUCCAAAAUGGGAGAAGAAUCGUAAAUUCUACUGGUUAAAUCGAUUUUCUUCAGCAUCAAAGUUGCCGUUCGUGUAAGACCAUUCAAUCAGAGGGAGACUGAUCGAAAAGCAGAGCUUGUGAUUUCUAUGAACAAAAACGUUACGGAGAUAGUCAAUCCCGAAAGUAAGUAGUCCUUUGCUGUUAUGGUUGCAUCUUAAUUUUUGAUGGAUUAACACAUUACCUUCGAACCUACACAGAAUGGGCGUAAUGAGGAGGUUAUGUAGAAGGCUUUAGUGUAGCUGACCUAAAUAACUUCUCGGCCAAUUGGUUGGAAUUUUAUUUAUCAGUAAUGAAUAGGAAACGGGGUCAGUGAUAAUAGUUCUAAAUUUUGGAAUAAACAUUUUAGUACCCGAAGCCCCAGUUUUAGUCAGCUCCUCAAAAUACCGUUGUGCAUUGUACAGAAAUUAAAAAUUUUCCCAUUAUGUUAUUUUUUCUCCAUCCUUAUUUUAGGACACAAUGAUGUGAAGCGCUUCACUUUUGACUACUCAUAUUGGUAGGAACUACGUUUCGAAGUGGAAUAUGACUUUCUCUCAGGUCACAUGACGGAUUCGCUGUCACUGACAACGGCACCUUUGUGCCUUCCGGUCCUGACUCACGCUAUGCCAGCCAGCAAACAGUCUUUAAUGAUCUUGGCACAGGCAUCCUUCAGAAUGCUUUUGACGGCUACAACUGUUCCCUUUUUGCCUACGGUCAAACGGGCUCUGGCAAAUCGUACUCGGUUGUGGGUUACGGCGUGAAUAGGUAAUUUUCGACACACACAGCCUGCAAUAUUUCACUCAGAGGUAUCAUCCCCAUUGCCUGUGCACAGCUCUUUCAAAGAAUAGACGAAAAUAAGGAUCCCUCAAAGGCAAGUCUCCUUGAUUGA